AUUUUCUUUCGGCACUGGCAACUAGGCCUAGGUGGCAGAUAUUUCGACAUUUGUCUAGCUACCUAUACCGGAUAUCUACACAAAGGAUUCAUACUUUUAUUGGAUUAUACAGACGCUGAUUUCAGUUUUUUACUGUCUUCAGACUUCAGCCUCAGGAAUUGUUGCCGUAGAACUAAGACUAAGUUAGCUGUGCCGAUUUGUGGACCUAAAAGAUUCAGUUUGCAACUUCAGGAUUGAAUUUUUUCUUGGCGGUUCGCUUGAUUGAACUUUGGAGGUGAUUGCAUCCAGGAUUCAUUGGACUUGGGCUGAGUGACGGAGCUUCGAGUCUAACUCUAGUUUCGCGAGUUGAUCAUGCCAAAGGUUAAGGCCAAGAAAAUAACGACCGCAGGUGCGAGGAAGGGAGAUGACACACCGAAGAGGAGGCCGGGUCGGCCGAGAGGUCCACGGGCGACGUCAACCCCCGCAAGUGUGGAUCUGGGGCUGGGAGGCGGCAACAACGGGCCAGGAAGGAGCGGACCUGUGGUGUGGAUCAUAGGGGACUCGAUAGUGUUUUGGGCACAUCGCAGGGCGAAGAACACCGGCGAGGCUGACCUUGGACUUGGAACGUCGGUCCGCUGGUUGGGGAAAAGGGGGCUACGAAUUGAAGGGGUAAGCGAUUGGUUAGAUAAGAUGGGUCGGAGUGAACCAAAGCCUUCAGUAGUAGUAUUGCAUGUAGGAACGAAUGACAUUGAGGCACUGUCCAAGAAGAAGCUGGCUAGUUUGACGUAUAGACUUUUUGACGCCAAUAAGGACAAAUUUCAAAUAGUGUGGUCGGGCAUUUUGGAGAGGGUUUGGUACCCCGCUGGCUGUACAGGAGAUCAAGGUAAAUUGGACUUAAAGAGAAGGGCGGCCAAUAGGUACGCCAAGGCUUUAGCUGCAAGAUUUCAUGGUAAAGCCAUACCGCAUCCAUCAAUAUCCCAUAAUGACAUUUCGCUGUACAGAACUGAUGGCCUACAUCUGGCCGAUGAAGGGUUGGACAGAUUUAUCAGUGAGUUAAAAGUUGGUCUUUCAUAUCUUCGUUGAGUAUGUAUUUAUACAUUUUACCUUAGUCGCUCCGGCGUGACCGACUCCAGACCGUCCGAUCCGAUAGUAUGAAUAAGGG